AUGGUCCCUGCCACUCAGCAAAUGACAGGUGCAGCAGUCUACGCCCACCUUUUGGAUAACAUUCUUCUACUUCCUCAAGGGCAUCCUAUCCGUCUCAGUUUUGAGCAGCAAGGAUAUGAUUCGGCUGAUGACCUCAUGUGUAUUUUUGAGAACGAACUUGAAUCUCUUGAAUACAUUCCUCCUGCCCUCCCUGACGAUUUCGAAAAUCCGUCAAGCAUUCCCCUACUCAUGGCACACCGACAAGUCAUACGUCAUUUCCUUCGUUGGCAAGCGUCCCUAAAACGACAAAAAGGGACCCCUUUGAAGAACUCUGAGCUUGCUGCACUCAACAAUGAAGAUUUUGUUAUGUACCGUCGCGCAGCUCUUGGCCAAGUCUCGACGGCUACCACACCUGCCGCUUCUUUGUCGACCAUUCAGGGUCCUAUGGGGAAGACUCGUUCAGCUGUCAAGGAUUUUAAUCAUGGAAUAAAACGUGACAAAAUCCACUACCCAGUGCUCAAGGAUGACCGCUACUGGGACAAUUUUUAUCGCUUGUUUGUUGUUACUGCCGUAACUCAUAAUGUCGAAAAAGUUCUGGACCCGACCUACACUCCUACUGACCCUUUGGAGAAGUCCCUUUUCGAAGAGCAAAACAAGUUUGUAUAUUCCGCUCUAGAGCAUACGCUCCAGACCAACAUGGGUAAAAACAUUGUCCGUGAGCACAGUUUCGAUUUCAAUGCUCAGGAAGUUUUCCAUAAGGUUGUGAAACACUAUACUGAUAUGGAUCAUCAUGGACAGGUACUGCGGUUUAUUCUCCACUGGAAAAACCAUCUGCGCAUUUACAACGACACUGUUCCGGCUGGUGAGCAACUUCCCCAACAACUAUGCCUUAGUCUUUUGGAAGAUGCUGUCCAUGAUGUCCCUGAACUUUGCCAGGUGAAAAUCACGGCAACUCUAGACUUAGCCAAGGGAGGCAAUCCUAUUAGCUACAACGGUUAUCUCAGCCUAUUACUUGCAUUAGCAUCUCUAUACAACAAUGAUAAUAAUUUAUUUAACUCUCGUAACAGCAAGAACAAGCGAAGCGUGUAUACUACUGAUCUAGCUUAUCAUCCGACUGAUUUUAACAGUGAACCUGACAUAGAUUAUGAUAUAGAUGUAUCACCAACUACCAUCUAUGAGGCCAAUGCUCACAACAGGAACAACUGCGCGCCUGAAACGGAACUACUCGCUCACCCCACCAAUCAAGUCAGCCGCAUGAGUGAUGGUGACAUCCAUAAAGUACUUGCUGCGUCCCGCGAUGUACCUGUUUACGAUCCGAAAAAUGAUAACCCAAAUCAAUGCAAUCCAAUGUCCUGCAAUACCAAGUCUCUUGAUACAAUGUCAAUGAGACUACUGCAGCCCUUGUUGAUUGCGGCGCAAAUGGUGGACUUGCUGGUGGGGAUGUCAUUAUCCUGCGUUAAAACUGGCCGUUCUGCCAAUAUGACAGGUAUCAAUGACCACACCUUACCCAAUCUGGACAUUGUUACUGCUGCUGGUUGCGUCAAAUCUCAAAAUGGACCCAUUUUUCUCAUUAUGAAUCAGUACGCACAUUUGGGAAAAGGGAAAACGAUCCAUUCCAGUGCUCAAAGCAUCACGUCACCCGAAAUGCCCAGGACUAUGAAACACUUCGACCGUACUUAG